UAUAUACCCUACCUGGGUUGACAGACGCACCGGUUGCCAAGUGCGUGAGGGUCGCCUACAGUAAUGCCUUGACGGAAGAAGGCUGUGGUUGUGUCAACAGCAGUUAAAUGUAGUUCAUUAACAAAGUGGCGAAGGUCGACUCGACGCCUGUCCUAAUUUGGAAAGUGAGGACGCACCUGUGACAGUUUGUGCCAGGAUGAGGAGAGACCUUGGAGUGGCGCUGCUCUUGCUGCUGUUUACAGCUGUAGAGUCCAACAGCAUGUCUCCACCAGGGAAACCAGUCCUGCUUGGCUGCAGGUCCCCUGAGAAGGAGACAUUUACCUGCUGGUGGGAGCCAGGAUCCGACGGAGGGCUGCCGACCACGCACCGCCUCUAUUACGAGAGAGAAACAUUGGAGGGAGUGCACGAGUGUCCGGACUAUCUGUCAGCUGGGAGGGACUCCUGUUUCUUUAACAAGAGUCACACCUCCAUCUGGGUCUACUACUACCUGACAGUGGUGGCCUUCAAUUCCCUCGGAAAUGCCACUUCAGACACCCUUAAGAUUGAUGUGAUGGAAAUCGUGAAGCCCAAUGUUCCUGAAAAUGUAACCAUGCUGGUGGAGGGGAAAGAGGACACUCCAGAUAUUCAAAUCAGAUGGGAGCGUCCCUAUAACACGGACACCAAGUCUGGCUGGGUCACCGUUAAAUAUGAACUAAGAGUCAAACAAGAAGGCAGCAACAAGUGGAAGUCGUAUACGUCAGGUACACAAACCCAUUUCACCCUGUACAGCGUCAGUCCCGGGUUGGUGCAUAUGGUCCAGGUGCGUUGCAGACUAGACCACGGCUCCUGGAGUGAGUGGACCAACACUACCUUUGUGAAGAUCCCUAACAAAUUUCAGAACGAAAAACCGUUUUGGAUAUUGGUUUCCUUCCUCUCUGCAAUUCCUUUCCUUGCAACAAUGUGCAUCUUGGUCAUGAAGAGGAAACAUGUGAAGCAGUGUGUUCUGCCCCCUGUUCCUGGUCCAAAGAUAAGAGGAGUUGAUUUUCAACUUCUCAAGAGCGGGCGUUCUGAAGAUGUCAUCAAUGCCAUGAUCAUCAACCAGAACUUUCCUCUUAUGGUAGGCUGGAAGGAACAGAUGGAGGAUUACCUGAUAGUGACCGAGAAUGACAAUGGGCCUCUGCCGGAUCCCUCCAAUUCUCAAAAAAGAAAGAAAAGCUGGAUUAUGCCAUCUGACUUCUACUUAGACUCAGAAAUACAAUAUAACGGGUCAACCCCCAUCCAAAAUGACUGGCAGACGGCUGAGGAAGCAAAGAAUGAAACAGAUAACUUUGUGGAGCCAUCCCAGCUGCCUACAAAGGAACAACAGUGCCCAAGUAUAAACUUUGUAAACCCAGAAGCAACGGAACGGAGUCUGUCAAAUAGCGGUUAUGUGGAUAUUCAGAAACAUGUGGAAAGCAUACAGGAGGUAGAUGUGAAACAGGUGGACUACAGCAGAGUGAAAGAGGUGAAUGGUGACAAUAUUCUCAUCCUUGAGAAAAAAAAUCAUCACAGCUCUGGCUCCAUGGAUGUUCAGACACAAGAGGACAUAUCCGAGGACUACAGCAGGGUGAAAAAGGUGGACAGUGACAAUAUGGUCUUCCUGCAGAAACAAAAUGUGUCCGUUGACACUUCCUGUAGAGAGAAGGGUAACCAGUACACAGACUGUGUCCUUCAGAAGCAGAGAAACCUUCAUGUGACUGGACCCGAUAAAGUGGGGGUGUGCACAGGACUCAUCGAUAGCGGAUAUGUUGAAACUAUACCUGCACCAUCUUUAAUGUAAAAUUUUGUUUUAUAUGCAAUGUCCAAAUACAUAUGACAAAUGUCCCCAGUAAUUUACUGUGUGAUCAGUGUUUUCACCAUUUUCUGACAUUUAAUGGACCAAACAAUUAAUUGUUAUCAAAUUAUCAACAGAUUCAUCAAUAAAGAACAUAAUCGAACCUUAUUAUCUGAUGGAUUUCAAUGACAUUUGGCAUUCAUGGCCACCAGGCAAUGUAACUUAUCACCUAAUUCACCUAAAACAUUCUAUAUGUCCAGUACUUUGGUUUCUGACUUAGUACUGAACUCAGAUGGUGAACAUGGUAAACAUUAUACUUGCUAAACUUGAACCAUAACACAUUUAGCUUAAAGCACGGUGUGCUUAAGUACAGCCUCACAGAGCCACAGUCAGACAACAAAUAACAAAAAUAUAUGUGUAUACAAGGAAGAGACUGAUCCACGCUGCUACUUUCAAAGUCAUCACACUCACAGCAAACAUAGAAUAUGUAUGUCAGUUAAAGUUUAAAUGAGGUGACAUAUUCUAAUGUAAGCAAGAAGGAAAUCUGGUCAUACUUGCUCAUAAGACUUCAUUUGAUCCAGUUAAACUGAAGAUUAAUUUGGAAAUAAACAUACUGCACAUAAACAUGUUCAUAGUCUAAUCAACUAACCGGUUUAUUUUGCAAUAUAUAUGUAUAAUUAAAAAUGCAACUGGUUUUAAGAAAAUUACCUAUAAGUCACUUGACAUACCAAGUUUCAUUCUGAAAUGUUACACAAUAUUUUUCAUUCAGUUUUCAUUUUCAUAUGUUUUAUUUAAAAUCAAAAAUUAUUACAUUUUGUAAUGCGUUUGAAAUUGCUAAUAAAUUACAUUUCCGUUUUACUUUGAGACGGGACAUCCAUCCUUUUGGAAUGAGACAUUUCAUGUGUAGCGUCUGCAGAGGUGAUUUUCUAUCACAUUGUAUAAGGGGUUUAAAAUAAUUAAUCAAUCAUCCUGUUCUAUUUAAGGAGGGUCAGUGAAAUAAGACAAUUCAA